AUGAAGGAGGAGAUAUCGCAGCUAGCCCCUGUCCGGAACUGGAUGCAACCUACGAUGGUGGAGCAAGGAAGCGGAAGUUUGGGAAUAGCACGUGCGCACUUUGAGAAGCAGCCCCCCAGCAAUCUCCGGAAGAGCAACUUCUUCCACUUCGUGCUCGCUCUCUACGACCGACAGGGUCAGCCGGUGGAGAUUGAAAGAACGGCCUUCGUGGAUUUCGUCGAAAAGGAGACGGAGUUAGAUGCACAGAAAACAAAUAAUGGAAUUCACUACAGAAUACAGCUGCUUUAUGCAAGCGGGGUCAGACAAGAACAAGAUUUGUACAUACGUCUCAUCGAUUCCGUCACAAAAACUCCAAUUGUAUACGAGGGACAGGACAAGAACCCAGAAAUGUGCCGCGUUCUUCUCACACACGAAGUCAUGUGCAGUCGAUGCUGCGAUAAAAAGAGUUGUGGCAACAGAAAUGAGACCCCUUCUGAUCCCGUAAUAAUUGACAGAUUCUUCCUAAAGUUCUUCAUGAAGUGCAAUCAAAAUUGUCUGAAAAAUGCCGGAAAUCCCAGGGACAUGCGCCGAUUUCAGGUUUCUGUCAGCACCACUGUGUGCGUUGACGGGCCUCUACUGUCCGUCUCGGACAACAUGUUCGUCCAUAACAACUCCAAACACGGUCGCCGGGCCCGCCGUCUCGACCCGACGGAGGGAGGUGAGUCACGUGACACUGGUUGUCAAGAUUAUCUCGCAGAUCCCUAUUUAGGGACCCAUGGAAAGUACCUCAGGGGACAGUUUUCAUUUUCUACCCCGUGUAUCAAGGCGAUCUGCCCCAGCGAGGGAUGGACAACAGGGGGAACCACCGUGAUCAUCAUAGGGGAUAACUUCUUCGACGGCCUUCAAAUAGUCUUCGGUACCAUGCUCGUCUGGAGCGAGUUGCUGACGUCACACGCCAUCAAGGUGCAGACCCCGCCCCGUCACAUACCCGGCGUGGUGGAGGUCACACUGUCGUACAAAUCAAAACAGUUCUGCAAGGGAGCCCCAGGCCGAUUCGUGUACACAUCGCUGACCGAGCCGACAAUAGACUACGGGUUUCAAAGGCUCAUGAAACUCAUUCCCCGUCAUCCUGGGGACCCGGAGAGACUACCGAAGGAAAUAAUUCUCAAGCGGGCGGCAGAUCUCGCGGAGGCGCUAUACAGCAUGCGCAACCCGAACCAGCUGUCACUUCCGGCCCCUCGGUCCCCGCCCAUGAACAACGCGCCCUCCAUGGGCUUCAACACGUACAGCGGUCAGCUGGCGGUCAGCGUGCAGGAGAACGGACAGUGGGAAGAUGGUUACAAUCGGGGUCAAAGUUCGAGCGUGUCGCCAAGAGGUUACGGGUCAACUGGUUCAACACCUCACAGUAACGGAAGUGCGUACAGCACGAUGAACGGGUAUCACAGUAGCGCCGGCGGACUCGGCAAUAUGGGAAUGAGCGGACUUAUCGGUUCCCCCUUCACCGCAAUGAACCCGUUCGCUCUACAGCCGUGCAACGCCACGCAACCGUAUGGAAGCUCAAUUGUGUCACCUAUCAAAUGAAGCGAACUGAACCCGGUGUAUUCGCAAAGAUCAGCCACAGCACGGAGCGCCUGGCCAGCAUUUAUAAACUAGUCGUAAAUGUGUUGUUUUGUAAAGUAUACGGACAAAGGGAAGAUGAUUAUCGCUAUAGGCUCAAUACUGAUUUUUGUUCCGCUGACUUCCGAUUAUUUCCGGAAAUGUGCGCUUUAAUUGAUUGAUUCUUGUUAAUACGUGUGUUAAAAGUGUGACUCCUGGACUCCACGUGACGUAUGCUGGUGGCGUCUGAUUAACGUGACGUCAUAACGCAGAUGGACGUGACUUCAUAGAAAAUUGAGCGUGUAUCGAAGUAUUUUUUUACUUCAAAGGAUGGAAAUCAUUUAUAUUCAUAAACAUUUAUAAUAAAAUAUGUUUACUUUAGUUGAAUAUGUCAAGCCUGUUCUUGCCGAAUGGACGUCUUCAAUUGAGUCAUUAAAAUAUUACUGGUAUGACCUCAUGACAACAUAACCGUGCUUUUAUCCAUUUCCAUAGUGAUGGAAUGGGCGUCUUUUUUAGUGCUAUAGCUAGUCAUGCUUAAAAAUGUGUCGACAUUUUUAAACAUAUACGUUUUCUAUAUCAUGCAUUUUAUUGAUUUUUAAUAGUUGUCAUUGAUUAUGUUUGACCUAAAUAUGCGACAUGUUUUCUUGUCGAUACUAAUUCAUACAAUAAAUUGUAAACGCAUGCCGAUUUUAAGGCGAACUUAUAACGAACGCUAGGUACCAUACAAUAAAUAUGUUCUUAUAUGUGAAUGUUACAAUAUUCUAGUCAUAUUACCUGUUGUACAAACCUGUUUUGUGAUAUUUAUUUCAUUAGAUUUUUUUCAUUUGUUGAUCGGUCAACGUUUCAUCGACGUUAACAAAAUUGGAUUCUUACACAUUUAACUGUAAGCAAAUGAUGCAUAGCUGAUGCAUGUUUUUUUUAAACCAAUGUUCGAAGCAUGGGACAA